AAAGACAACAAUGCCAAUGUACACAAGCAUGUAACAGACACUGACAGGAGAGGAAAGCCAGCGUAUAAGAGCAAGCAGAAGUUCAGUUGGCAUCAGGCAUGGGAACCAGCUGUUAGAACAUAAAUGCAUUAUGUGUGUGCAGUCACUUUUUACUGCUAGCAUUCUGUUCAGACAACAACACAACUGCAGCAGGCUCUAACUGUCAUGCUCUCUCUCUCUCCUUCUCUCCUCUCUCUCUCCUUCUCUCUCUCUCACUCUCUCACUCUUUCUUGUGCAGCCAGACUGUCAGCCAGUCACUCAGUCAGUCACUUAAGUGAUGACAAGUGUAUCUUUGGAUAGCGGUCUAGACAACCAUGGGAUAGUACGGUUCUUGCACCAUCGGACUUUAGGCUGUGACUGACACUGAAAAAAUUCCAGUGGAAUUACCGAUUUUUCUUUCUUUUUUUUUUUUUACAAAUUUCUUGGGUAAUUUACAGCCCUGCGCCAGAGACAGAAAGAAUGAUGGAAAGGGAGAAGACAAGCGAGUUGCUGAAGAGGACAGUAAUGGCAAAUACAUGUCAUAUUUUAAAAUUCAGCCCUCAGAAGUUUGCUCGGCAGCUAAUAAUUCAACAAAUAUCUUACAAUCUGACUUCUAUUCACUCACAGAUCAAGUACCAAUAUUUUUCCUCAAUAUUUCCUGUGUUUCUCUAGAAAAUUAUCAAUAAUUUUUUUUCCAUCAUAAAAUCAUAAAAAUGGGUUUCAAAGACCAAAAACAUUAUUGUAUUUUACAUUUACAGACUUGACAAGAAACACAACACAUAAUUACGAGAAUUGUUAGCACAAAAAUAGCAGGCAAUUAAAAAUAAAUAGAUAGAAAUAGAUUUAGCCUGAAAGCAGCUAACAAGAAAGGGAAAUAUUAUUAAAAAAAAAUAAAAAUAAAAGCUAAACAACAGUGAUUAUAUAUAAAGAAAUUGAAAAAGACAAAAAGAAUUUGUCCUCAAAGGUAACAAAAAUAUUGAAGUCCACUUAACUCAAUAUGAAAAAAAAAAUGAUAAAUUUACAGCUAUGAAAAAAUAUAAAUCAACCUUAAAUAAUAAAAAAUCUAAAUAAUAAAAUCUACAAAAUAACAGUUUGCUUGGAGGAAAAGGAAAAGGGAAAAAAAUCAUUUUCGGAUAAGUCAGGGCAGCUAUUGAGAUCUUUUAAAAAUGAACACAUUAUAUAAAGAUCAAAGGCAGAGAAAUCAAUACAGCUCAUAAAAGCUAAAUAAUAUAUAUUUUCUAUAUAAAUUUGUGGAAUACAUUUUGGAAUAAUCUAUAUCAAGUGGCAAUCAUUUUGACAAACAAAAAUAAAAAAUAAAAAUAAAAAUAAUGCUUUUCUUACAUACUUUGUAAGAUUAAUUAAAAAAAACAUACCAUGAAAGAAUGACUAAAGAUGCAAAAACAAUAGAAUUCAGUAUUCUAAUAACACUGAAUGUUUCAGAUCAAAGACCAUGGGUAAUUUUGUUUUGGUUCUCACAUUGAGAAUUUCAACACAAGAAUUAUAAACAAAUGUAAACCACAAAUUCCGAAGCAUUAAACGCAAAAGGAUAAAGCUCUUGCCAGUAGCAUCAUUAUGAUGAAUUUGACUAAUGCUUCGGCUGUUUCCGAAGCUAAUGAUUAUCAGUCAAUUAGGAGUACCAUGAACCAACAGCAACACCGAACGCAAUCUUUUACAGCUGUAUUAGUCUUAACAAGCCUUUUCGCUUUAUUUACUGUAAGCGUUACAGGGGCAAUCAUUGUGUUUUGUAAGAAGAAAAACACAGUGUUUGCCUUGCAGAAAUGUGAACAGGAUUCAGAUAUCGACUGUGAAUUGGAUGAUUUCAACACCGAAAUAGAAAUCAGUGAUGAUAGUACGGAUGACUAUUUGGUUCCAAUGUCAAAGCGAUCUGCAACUUAUCCUAACUUGGAAAUUGUUUGCAACAGGAACUACAGACCACAUGAUAAUAUUGAAACCAUCAAACAAAAAGAUACAACUAAUGUGUCCAGACACAUUCCACGGGCACAUACAUUUUCAUUUGAAUGCUAUGAAUACACUCCGAUAAAACUUAGCACUACAAACAAAGACAACAAAAAGAAAGAAGGUGAAAAGCAAGUGAUAAAAGUACAGAAAAAUCAAAAGUCCAAAACAGUUUAUCACCAACUGAAAACUUCAAGUAAAGAGUGCUUGUCACCAGAAAAUCCAGGAGAUGGAAAUGACAGCAAGUGUUUAGGUUAUUCUGUGAAUAAGGAGAAUUGGAAAACUUCACCAGAAAAUGAUGUAGGCAUGGCAGACCCUUUUAUAGUUGAUAAAGCUAUGUUAUUACAACAAAGUCAAUAAAACCUUGCAAACAAUUGUUCUCAGACACACACUCAUACUUCAGUGUGUGUGUGUGUAUGUGUGUGUGUGUGUAUGUGUGUGUGUGUGUAUAUGUGUGUGUGUGUAUGUGUUCGUGCACAGGUAUACAGUUCUACUGUUCCUCAUAGCCAUGCCAUCUUUCACGUUGAGAAGAGAUCUCUGGAGGUUAAGUCUGAACUCUUACUCUCAGGAACAGCCAAUAAAUGAUGCAUAUGAUGUGAAAUGAUGCCAAAUGUGCCAGUGGAUUUCUUCAUAUCAUUUUGAAACAAUAAACUCAUAGAAUACAAAAAGUCAAUACAAAAUUAAGGUAGUUAAAAUUCUACUUAAAUACAAAUUAUUUAGAACAUUUUAUUUUAUUUUUAAUUAACAAAAUGUUCAAGGAAGAGAGACAAGACACAGAGAUGAAUGAACAAACAUAAAAAUUAGAGAAAAUUGGAUGCAGUCAAUAGCCAUUACAAGUACAAAAUGAUAAAAAAAAAAGACCAAAAACAAAACACAGAAACACUAAUCAUGAAAAGUGAAGCAAUUCAAAAUAAAGAAUAAUCAAUAAUGGAGAAAUUUUCCUAGAGAAAAUGAAAUACUAAAAAAAAAAUAAAAAAGAAACAGUUAAUUAAGAAUUUCAUUAUGAAUUUGCUAUUAAAAUUUGCAACAGUGUGAAACAAUGAUCCAUUUGAUGCUCUGAUGAGAUAUUUUGAUGUGAGAUUUCAUUAAAACCAACAAGGCAGAUGGGAACAUGUUUAAAGAUAGAUUAAUAAAAUAGUAUGCAGGUUAACUAAUAUAGUGAGAAAUUUAGAGUUAAGAGCCUGAUUUAACAAGAGUUCUAUUCAUGUUCAUGAUUUAUGAUUAUUUUAUUUUAUUUAUUUAUCUACUCUUUGCUUGCUAAAUUGUUUCAAUUCAAUUUAGUUGUGAGCAACAGUAAAUGAUAGAUGACAAAUAGCUGUGUGAUUAAAGUACACAUGGAAGAAGUAAAGAUAACAAAAAAUUCCAAACAAAACAAAGCCUCAAAACUGAAGAAGUUGAACAAUAAUGUGUGUUUUAAAUGCAAAGACAUUUCAGGAAAUGAACCAUGUAUGAAGUCAGAAGGCUUUGUUAAUUAUGUCUACAAGAAUAAUAGGAAAGGUCAACACAAUUGCUAUAAACAAGGAAGAUAUAAAUGAAAAAAAAUAAAAUGUAGAAUGGUUAAUACUCAUUGAACUAAAUUGAUUUUAACGCUUACAACUGAAUAACUUUUCCCAUAAAACUAUAUGCUGUUUUUACAACAAUGUCUACAAUACUGUAGUAGCGAUAAACAAAGGAAAACAAGCCAGAUUUGAAGUUGAUCAAAGAAAUGGUCAACUGAGCAUGAAGUGAGAACUGAAAAGCUUGAAAGAAUUGUGUCAAAAACAAGACUAUUAAAUGAAAUGAGGUGUGAGUUUGGGUCAGAGAAAUAAAAGUUAAAACUGAAGACAUGAUACUCUAAAAUAAAAACAGCUAAUGUUAAAGUAUAUUAAAGAAAAACUGAAGAUGUUAUAUUGCUUUUUUCAAGAGAAUAUCAGUCUACAAUCAAAUACCAAAACUGCGUUCUUUAAAGAAUUACAAAAACAAAGAUGGAAAUUUCAACCUCUCAAUCUAUCCAUAUAAAUUAUGAAUAUUUUUGCCUCUAAACAAUUUGUUUCGCAUUAUUUGUACAAAUCCAAGGAAGUUCACCAUUACUCUAGAAAUUUUAAUAACCAAUGUUUUGCAGUGAAGAAAUUUACCUUCCAUCUUACUAAUUAUGAAAGAAAAUAUUUCAAGUAAUUAUAUUUUGGGAUUUUUUACUUUCUUUUUGAAGCUGCUGUUUCCAUAAAAAAAAACACCCUAAACAUCUGGUAUUAAAGUGUUUUCAUUAUAGAAACAAAAGAUCUGGUGACUGGCAGAGCUAUUUCCCUCGUCAAAGGAAAAAAUAUUGAGAAAUUGCAUUAUCCAAUAUGAAAACAUAUUUCAAAACAUUAUAAUUAUUAAUGAUUUAAUAUCAUUAAAUUAUUAAUAUCAAAUUAUUACUAUUAUCUAAUUAUUAUAAUAAUAGUUUAAAAAAUUUAGAAGAAAGACAUGGCAAGAAAUCAUAAUAAAAUGUUGUGUCAAUUGAAUCAGUCUUAAUUCAAUCCUAGACAACAGAAAGAUUUGACUGUUAACACUUUGUUAGCUGAUCAUGAAAGAUAAUGUGCUUAAUUCAAUAAUACAGAAAGGUUUCAAGACAACGGAAGUAACUGGUUGUUGUAUAAAUGAAGGGUAAUAAUAUUUUCUUAAGAAAUAGGAUAUUUUCUAAUUACUUUUAACCAUUAGCUCUGAUGAACAGAUAUAAAAUGUUUCAAUUGAGAAUAUGCAUAAGACUUUUUUUUAUUUCUUUAACUAUGUUUUAACAUUAUAGAGUUGCAGCUUGUUAAAUCAAAUAGGAUGACAGGCUGCUAGUCAAAGUGACUAUAGUUCAUACCCCAUCAAUGACACUGUACUGUGCCCAUAUGAAAGGAACUCUUAACCUAACUGUGAUUAGGUAACUUGGGCAAUCAACUGACUGGUCUAAGCAGCAAGGGCUCUGGCAUCAUUGCCAAGUACUUUGUUAGCUUGCAGUGCUGAAUUCAAACUUUCUCGUGAAUGUUGCUUGGAGAGGGAUGUGCAGUUAUACCAGGUUGACUUGCCAUAAAUACACAACAUAAAUACAAAUGUUUCAAGCAGUGCCUCUUUAACCCAACAACUUAUGGGAUUCAACAUAUAAUUUACAAAUUCUCUAUUUACAAAUCAAUAACAUUUCUUUUGUUUACAAAUGUACUAAUAUUUUUUGGCUCUCAUUGGAAUCAUCAGCAACAACAGCAUUUUAUGUCUGCUUUUCCAUGCUGGCAUGGAUUGGAUGGAUUUUUCUGAAGAAGUGCUUCACAACCAGAUACUCUUCCUGCUAUUAAUCCUGUUAGUCACUGCUAAUGACAGCAGUAAUGCAGUGUACCUAUUGUAAAACUAGGAUGUACAUGGUAAAAUUUAAAUAUAUAUAUUGUCUACUUGCCUAAGAUAUUCAGCAUGGAGAUAAAUGCUUCAAGUCCCAAAAGCAUAUGGCACAAUGUUAUUGUACAAUUAUCAUUUCUUUAUUGCCAGUCAUAAGGACAACAUUUAUCAGAAAUACACUAAUAUAUUUUAGCUCUCAUAGGAAAUAUUUGAAGAUGUGUGUGUGUAUGAGAGAGAGAGAGAGAGAGAGAGAGAGAGAGAGAGAGAGAGAGAGAGAGAAACAUUUGCACAACUUUGUUAAGUCCAAUUCUCAGAUUACAAAUGUUUAGCAAAUAGGGUUUUCAAUUCAUUUUAUUUAUAUUUUUAAAAAUUAAUAAUAAUAAUAAAGUGAUAUUAAUAUAGGGCAAGUUAAAGAAAAAAAGAAAAAAACAGACUAAAUACCUUACAAUAAAUAUAUAUAUGUUCUUCCCUUUACAUCCUUAAGAUAAAAUCUCAUGAGGGUUGAAAUUAGACUUUCAUUCUACCAGGAUUAACACAAUAAGUGCUCAUCAUGAAUUAGGGAUCAUCAAUUUAAUUAUCCAAAUUUAAUUAUCCAAAUCCUUCUCCAUCUUUUUGGCUUUGUACUAAUGUAAAAAAAAAACCCUUUGUGUUAUCUUAAAGAAGUUGACAGAAAUGGUAAAUCAGUAAAACUUAGUAUUUCAUUUUGUCUUUGUACAUCUUGAAAUCAAAUUCUAGCAACAAAUGACAUUGCCUUUCAUCUCUCCAAGAUUAAUAAGUACCGAUAAUAUACGGGGAGUCAAUUAAAUUUAGCAACAUAUUUAAUCUGGAAAAAAGAAAAAGAAGAAAACCAAACUGGCCUUGAGUCUAGUCAAAAGAAAUCAAUACUGAGCUGACUAACAUUGCCUACUUAGACAAGUAAUGAGUAAAGAGUAUAAAAUUAUUCAAUUCAUAUUCUCACAAGAUUUUUCUGAACUAUUUACUUCAUUGAAACUGUGAUCUGAAAAUUAUGAUUUUUGCCAGUUCUUGGAAUAAUAACAUUCAACAGAUUGCUGAUGAAAAUAUUUAAUUAUCUUUGACAAUUGCAGUGGUGACACGUUACCGAAAAAAAAAAAAAAAAAAAAAAUUCAAAUUUAAAAUUUAAUGAUGGCAUUUGGAUGGCAACAACAUUUUUUCCCAUGAAAAUUUCAUCAAAAAUUUUAAAGAAAUUAAAUUUCCUUUACUUUUCUAUAA